AUGCAAAACAGAACGAGACACUUGACUCUGAAAAUGUUAGUUCAAAACAGAACAUAUUUUCACCCGACCACCUUCCUCCUCCUUGGAAUCCCAGGGCUGGAGAUGGCCCACAUCUGGAUUUCCAUCCCCUUCUGCCUGGUCUACAUUAUUGCUCUGAUGGGGAAUUGUAUUCUUGUAUUUAUCAUCAAGACAGAGCCUAGUCUGCAUGAACCCAUGUAUCUCUUCCUCUGCAUGCUCUCUGUAAAUGAUUUGAUGCUAAGCACUACGACCCUCCCCAAAAUCCUCACCCUCUUCUGGUUUGAUGACAGAAAAAUAAACUUUAAAGCUUGCCUCACUCAGAUAUUCUUCAUCCACUCUUUGUCUACCAUGGAGUCGGGAUUCCUGUUGGUAAUGGCCUUUGACCGCUAUGUGGCCAUCUGCAAUCCUCUUAGGCAUUCCACUAUUCUGACACCUGCAAUGAUUCUGACUUUGAUUCUGACUAUUGUCCUACGUGGAGUUAUCCUGCUGACUCCUCAUCCUUUUCUACUGCUGAGGCUUACCUACUGCAAAACUCAUGUCAUUGCCCACACCUACUGUGAAUUCAUGGCUCUGAUCAAAUUGGCUUGUGAGAAUACUAGGAUAUACAGAAUCUAUGGCUUAAUUUUGGCUUUCCUCACUGGUGGAGUGGACUUUAUACUUAUAAUAUGGUCUUAUAUUUUCAUUCUCUAUGCUGUGUUUCAACUCCCAUCAAAGAAAGCUAGACUCAAGGCCUUGAGCACUUGUGGUGCUCAUGUUUGGGUCAUCUUAGUGUUUUAUAUACCUGCCUUUUUUUCCUUUAUCACCCACAGAUUUGCACAUCACAUUGCUCCAUGCAUCCACAUCUUUAUAGCAAACAUUUAUCUUCUUAUACCUCCCAUGUUGAACCCUAUCAUCUAUGGUGUAAAAACCAAAAAUAUCCGGGAAAGAUUUCUCAAAAUAUUCACAAAUACAAAUGAUUGA